GUGUAAGGAGGUGGCAGCGGCGGCGACAGCCCUGCUUCACCGCGUGGGGUCCGGGACUCGGCGAUGGCCGGCCUGUGCGGGACCCGUGGCGCACUGUCGGCGCACACGCUGCUGUUCGACCUGCCGCCCGCGCUGCUGGGCGAGCUGUGCGCGAUCCUGGACAGCUGUGACGGUCCGCUGGGCUGGCGCGGCCUGGCGGAGCGACUUUCAAACAGCUGGCUGGAUGUUCGUCACAUUGAAAAAUACGUAGACCAAGGUAAAAGUGGAACAAGAGAAUUGCUGUGGUCCUGGGCACAGAAAAACAAGACCAUCGGUGACCUUUUACAGAUUCUCCAGGAGAUGGGGCAUCAACGAGCUAUCCAUUUAAUCACGAACUAUGGAGCGAGCGCUCAUCCUUCAGCCCCUCGUCAUCAAGAGCUUCGAUUCCCCAACGUAUCGCCCAACGCAUUGCCCAACGCACAGCACGUGCACAAAGGAAACGACCCUGGACCUCUGGAACCAGCCAAAGUCACAGAGGAUCAUGUUCUUGCCUUUGAACAUAAUGAAAAAGGAGUUCUGCAUAAACCCUCCAUCAGCUUCCAAAGUAUCAUAGAAGGAACCAAACAUUUCCACAAAGACUUCCUAAUUGGAGAAGGGGAGAUAUUUGAAGUGUACAGAGUGGAGAUUCAAAACCAAACAUAUGCUGUUAAAUUAUUUAAACAGGAGAAAAAACUGCAGUUUAAGAAGCACUGGAAGAGAUUUCUAUCAGAACUGGAAGUUUUUCUCCUGUUCCGUCAUCCUCACAUACUAGAGCUGGCUGCAUAUUUCACUGAGAUGGAGAAGCUUUGCCUGGUUCAUCCAUAUAUGAGCAACGGGACGCUUUUCGACAGACUGCAGUGUGCUGAUAAUACGGCCCCACUUUCCUGGCACGUUCGAAUCAGUGUGCUAAUAGGAACCUCCAAAGCCAUCCGAUACUUACACAACACUCAGCCGUGCUCAGUCAUUUGUGGCAAUAUUUCCAGUACAAACAUACUUUUGGACGAUCAGUUCCAACCCAGACUAACAGAUUUUGCCAUGGCGCACUUCCGACCCCACCUUGAACAUCACACUUCUACCAUAAAUACGACCGGCAGUGGCAGGAAGCAUCUGUGGUACAUGCCAGAAGAAUACAUCAGGCAGGGAAGACUUUCCGUGAAAACCGAUGUCUACAGCUUUGGAAUUGUGAUCAUGGAAGUUCUGACAGGCUGUAAAGUGGUGCUGGACGACCCCAAGCAUGUCCAGCUGCGGGAUCUCCUCGUGGAACUGAUGGAGAAGAGGGGCCUCGAUUCGUGCCUCUCCUUUCUAGACAGGAAAAUACAGCCCUGUCCUCGGAACUUCUCAGCCAGGCUCUUCUUUCUGGCAGGCCAGUGUGCGGCAACUCGGGCCAAGUUAAGACCUACAAUGGAUGAGGUCCUGAACGCUCUGGAGAGCGCAGAGCCCAGCUUGUAUUUUGCAGAAGACCCUCCCACAUCUCUGAAGUCCUUCCGCUGUCCUUCCCCUCUGUUCUUGGAUAACGUCCCAAGUAUUCCAGUAGAAGAUGAUGAAAGCCAGAAUAUUCACCCAGGGCCUCAUGAGAGAGCUCUGAGGACAGAUAAAGUGACUCAGAGAACCCCUUUUGAGUGCAGUCAGUCUGAGGUGACCUUUCUGGGCUUAGACAGAAACAUGAGGAAUGAGAGAAGUGAAGCGGCUUGCCAUAUGCCCAGCUCUUCUUGUGAGGGAUGUUGGCUCCCAGAGCUUGAAGCAGCAUCCCAGGACUUAAGGCCUACUGAGAUCACGUUGGGUUCCUCUUGGGAAGUGCCAGACCAUUCUUUUAGGAGCAAGCCAAUGGAGAAGAGGUACUCCUCUGGACUCUUCUGCAGUGAGUAUGAACAGUCCGAAAAGCAGUAAAUUCACUGGAAGAUAAAAGAAAAACAAAUGUCACCGAAGGCACCUGAAUGAAGAAUGUCACCAUGAAAGGAUACGAACUCCAUGAGCGAGGCCCAGGGAACUACUGGUGGUGAAUUUGAGUAGUGAGAAUAAGCAGCCAGGCCAUUCUGUUCCCUUCCAUUUCCCCAAAUAGAAGACUCAAAGAAAUUUGUUAUCAGGAUGAUAUAGGCAGACUUUUCCGUCCUACCAGUCAUUUGUAAAUAACCACACAGAGACUUAAUAUUAUAAAUGCUUGACCAAUAGCUCAGGCUUAUUACUAGCUAACUCUCACAUUUUAAAUUAGCUCACAAUUUUUAUCUACCCUCUGCCACGUGGGGGUAAUUUUUUUCAACAUGACAUGUUCAUCUUGCUUCUCUCUGUCUGUUUGGAACUUCGGAGACACCACCCUUCUCCUUCUGUGUCUGGCUGUCCCACCUAUACCACCUACCUAGCUACCAGUCAGUCGGCUCUUUCAUUAAACCAAUCAGAAGUUGCCUUGGCAAAGACAUAUCUUCACAGUGUCCAAAAUGAUCAUUCCACAACAGGGUGGCUGCCUCUUGGUCAAACCCAAGCUAAAUUAGAGCCAUUCAGAGUUAUUCAAGAUCCUGGGUACUGACAAUCAGAUCCAAACAAAGAGUGGCAGCAUCUUGAAGUCCCUCUGUCAUCAUCCCAUUGAGCCCUUGGUGUUGGUAAAUUGGGAACCACCCACAUUCCAGAAUCAGGUGUGUGCCCCCCACAACCUGCCUUCAGUGACUCAAUGACAGUGGCCAUAUUAGAGCUAGCCUCAAAUUCAACACAUUUCCACUGUCACCUCGACUAGUGUGUUCUCCCUAUGCACAGACGCCAUACUCUUUAUAAAGCGCUAGGCUUGGUGGCCCCCCUUUACUUUCCAUCCUCACUCAGAGGCAGGCUUUUGUAUUUCUCCCCCCGACCCCAUAAAUCUCUUACAUGAGGUCUGUCUGAUGAUGUGUCCUUGUGGCAUUCCUUGGUCCUCCAAUCACUGCAAAAACAAAACAAAACAAAAAACAAACAAGCAAAAAGCUCACAAAAUAAACUUACAUGUAGUGCUGUUGUUUCUACUAGAGUUAGUCUAUUGCAUUCCACCGGCUUCCCCUGGUCAUAGGAAAUUCUGGAAACAUUGUAGUAAAUGUCUAAUUUGCAAAUAUUAAUGGAGGUCUUUUCACUGUGAUUGACACUUACUGCUCUUUUGUUCCUCACUGGUUAACCUGCCUGUCUGGAAGAGAGUCACAUUUACUCUUGCUGGGGCAUGUUCUGUGUAGAGAGCGAAUUCUGGUCAAGUCUACAUCUCUGUAUUUAAACUUUUAGAAGACUUUCUCAUGUUAAUUCAAUUGUUAUAAAAAUGACAUA